UUUCAGUAAAUUUCGAGCAUGAAGAUCAACGGAAAAAUGGCAACGCCAAUUGAAGAAAAAGUCGAUCAAAAUUUAAAGAUCCGCACCGGUAUGGUGAAUGUCAGCGAUGGCAAAUGUAAACCUGAACCCCUUAGACUGAAUUUAACAAUGGAAUUAUUAACCUUGCAACGGCUAGAGAUUGUGACACCAACCAAUCCACAAAACGGUCCACCCAGCGAGUCCAAAGAACGCAUGGUUCAAAUAACACGUCAAAAACAAGGUGGUUUAGGUUUGAGUAUAAAAGGCGGUGCCGAGCAUAAGUUGCCAAUACUAAUAUCACGCAUUUAUAAAGAUCAAGCGGCCGACAUAACAGGUCAACUGUUUGUAGGCGAUGCAAUUAUAAAAGUGAAUGGUGAAUAUAUUACCGCCUGCCCGCACGAUGACGCUGUCAAUAUAUUACGCAAUGCCGGUGAUAUUGUGGUCUUAACAGUGAAACACUAUCGUGCGGCAACACCGUUUCUACAAAAACAAUUGGCGAAAGAUACACCAGACUCGGAUAAUGAUACAACGUGCGCUGAAUUAAAGGCCGACGAAGGCUAUAAGUCCUCAGUGAAUAACGGUGGUGGCGGUACAAUUAGUCGCAGUUGCAGUCGACCAAUGUCAAUUUGUUCAGAACCGGAAAAACGAUGGAUGGAUGUAGUAGCCGUGCCGCUGAUGAUGGCGUAUGUAACCCGAUAUAUCUACGGCACCGAUAAACUGAGACCGAAUGCGUUUGAGGUGCGUGGUAUUAAUGGAACAUCAACGGGCAUUAUACACUGUGAUGAUUUGGCCAUAUUGAGUCAAUGGCUAAAAUUAAUUAACGAUAAUGUUGUGGGCUUAACACAUUUACAGAUGAAACUUUAUAACAGAAACUUUGCGGUGGGUGAACGCAUCGAAUAUAUGGGCUGGGUGAACGAAGGUGUUAUCAACAAUAACAUCUCUUGGCAAAGUUAUAAACCGCGUUUUCUGCUACUUAAAGGUACUGAAGUUAUGCUCUUCGAAACACCACCGCUUAACGUGGCCGGUCUGUCAAAGGCUUUGGUCGUUUAUAAAGUCUAUCAGACGAUGUUUCGCGUUGUUAAGGAAUCGGAAACUGUGGACAGCCGUCAGCAUUGUUUUCUAUUACAAAGUGCGGGACAUGAGCCACGUUAUCUAAGCGUUGAAACACGUCAGGAAUUAUUGCGAAUUGAAAACAGUUGGAACGCAGCUAUAGUAACGAGUGUCAUUAAACUGGGGCGUAAAACUUUCGCUGUGUCACAUCACGGUAAAAGCGGUGGCUUGACAUUAGACUGGCAAACGGGUUUCUCGCUAGCGGAGGGCGCCGACUCUGCCAUUGUUUGGCAAUACAAAUUCUCACAAUUACGCGGCUCCAGCGAUGAUGGAAAAUCAAAAUUAAAAUUACAUUUCCAGGACCAUGAAACGCGAGCGAUAGAAACGAAAGAAUUGGAAUGUCAAGUGCUGCAAAGUUUGCUAUUUUGUAUGCAUGCGUUUCUGACAGCGAAAGUUGCUUCAGUUGAUCCAGCCUUUUUAAGUUCAAUACAACAGACUUAAGCAGAAACCAAAAACAACAACAAAAACCUGUUAAAAAACUAAUCUAAUUUUUCUCAUUAAUUAUACAAAAAGUCUCAGAAAAAAAAAAAAACAAAAAGCUAAUAUAGGAUUUACUAUAUAAAAUAAUGCCUAUUUAUUACCAAUGUAUACUAAAGUGUUGCUGCACAUUGCAUUUGGCAACAUAUUAAGAAAAAAGAAGGUCUUCUUGUAAGGAAAACCGAAAAACUGAAGAACAACACAAAAAUGCAAAAUUAUUUCUUAAGCAAUUGCAAUUUUUCUUCACAUUUUAAUGAUUUAAAAAGUAUUUGUUUACCGAUUCAAGAAAGCAAAUGUAAAGGGUGUACCAAAAUGAGUUGAGACUCACUUUUAAAAACAAAAGGUAUUUAUAGUUCGGUAAUACGUUUGCUUUGCUAAAAAAUAAUAUUUUAAAGGUCUAAUGCAGGGGAAAAGAAACGCUUGGUGUUCGCCUGCAUAUGAUCGUUCGCUUGAAUAUCAAAACAAGCGUUCACUUUGGGAGCACUGUUCCCCAUUCAUCGAUGAAGGAUUACCAAACAAAGCGUUUAGUUCUCAGUCUGGUUCAGAAACCUGAAUACGAGGACUAUAUGUAGAAGCAUGGACUUACUUGGAUCUUGAAUUUAUAUAGAAGGCAUUCGCAAGACUUACUACUUUUUUAAGCAAGUUUUGGCCUUUUAUUGGCACAUGUACGACGCUUUAAACGCACCAAUUGAUUACUAAACGAAUGCAGAUUUCUUUGCUUAGCUUCUCACGAAAGGAGUGCUUCUAGAUGAGGCCGAAGCUCUGUUUUCUCUUUUAGUAGUAAUAGAGGAGGCCGAAAUGCAACAGUAGAACAGUGGUAUCGUCUUCAGUUGAUCUUUAAUUAUGGUGUAGCUUAAAUCUCACAGCUGAUGUCUUCCUUCCAGAAGCUAAGACCACUCUAACAGUCUUUAAAAAAAAUGUGUUUAUGAGAAUUUUUUUUUCUCUUGUAGAAAGGAACGAUAAUAGAUUAAUAGACUAAUUUAUCCGUCCGUUGUACGUAUAACAUGGCUAUGUUCAGAAACAGGUGGGGAAGAGAGAGAGAGAGAUAGGGGGUUUGGCAGGCAGCAGCCUAGUGAGAGUGUGCCCAAUACGUAAGUCUUUCCCUACUAAGCGCUAAGAGCUGACUGUAGCUGCCGGCAACGUAAAUUCUACUGCACUGAAAUUUGAAACCGAGAACACAGGACUUGAUGGUGGCGAUUCUCAUCUACUGAGCCACUGAUGCAGAUCUAGGAGGCUAGCGUUGUGAUCAACCAACCAGUCCAAAUGAAAUUAAAAAAAAAUAUAUAUAUCAUUUAGCCUACACUCCAUUAUAUAGAGAAUCACGUAGGAUUUUAUAAAGAAGGGUUUAGAUAAAGAAGUUUAAUCGUCGACCGAUAAAGGACACGAUUUUAUUGCAUCACGUGAUCAAAACUUUCAGACGAAAAUAUAAAAGAAGAAUCUUCGAGAUUUUCACAGUUUCUAAUUUACCGAGGGCAUAACCAUUUUGUAGUCUAGAGUUCCAAUCGAUCAAUGUUUGUCAAUGUUUGUGUCAAAUUUCUGCUUCCUCUCUUUGUUUUUGCGACUUAAGCGGUCUCACAAAAAUUGCCGGUCAAAAUGACCCAUCACAGCGAUUUUAAUAUUAAUAAAAAAUAUUUAAAAUAACCCAUCGAAAAUAUUGUAAGGAUACAACAAAAAAAAAGACAAAAAACUCUCUUUUAUACCCUACACCACUUGUGGUACAAUGAUAUAUUACCUUCGUGCGGACCCAUAACACUUGGAGCACCCAGAAUCACUUGACAUAGACGCUCCUUUUAUUGCACCGAAUUACUUGCUGAAUCGAUUUUAGCUUGUCUGUCCGUCUUGUUUUCUUACUUUCAACCUACAGGUCGGAAUUUUUACGGCCCUUGGAUGAAAUUUGGUACACUGACAUGUUUCGACUAAAGGACGCACGCUAAUGAAAUCGUUCGAAUCGGACCACUCCGCAUAUAAAGCCUUAUUUUAAAAAGUUAUUAUACAAACAACUGCAUUAAACAAAGUUAUGUAGACUAUUUGAUAGUGGGCUGUGUCCCACAAUAGUGCUUUCACUGGCUUUUUAUUGAGCAAAUUUAUAGUGGUCUUACCCCUUUGGACUCUUUCGCUGCUUAAUGUGUAGUUAAUUGUGACACGAUAUUCGGAUCGUACGCAAAGUUUUGCAGUAAAUGAUGAUAAUUCUUGUUCAUAAAAUAUAUUUACAACUAAAAUGGUAUCGUUGAUCUAACAAUUUUGUAUUAUAAACGUAUAAAGAAAUAACACUCAGUGGCAAUGCAGCCAAGUACAUCCUAUGACAUAAAUAUUUAUAUAUAAUAAUAUUAUAUAUUAAAUUACGAUAUUUACAAUACAUUUUAACCUAAACACACCGUAGUUAGUUAAAAGAAAAUUUUUUUAUUCAAAAAAUUUUAAUUUCAGUUUUCAAAAUACGUAGAUAUAAACUUAACUAAUUGUAAAGAAUGAAAUACGUUCGAAUUUUUUAAUGAAAGUAAGCCCUUAAAGUAUAUAAUUUUUAUAAUGCCUGCUCGAAGCCCCUAAUUGAUGAUAGUUACCUAUUAUAAGUGCAAGCAUUUAAACAUUUAUCUGCUCCUCCUUAUCAAAAAAUCAAAAAAAAAGAAAAACAAAAAAAAACCCUUAAAAGAACUCUCAUCAACUUGAAAUAAAACUAUUUCAAAAAGAGUGAAUGGUAAGAGUUUUUUAAAUAAAUUUUAUGUUUUAUUUUAAUUAGAAGAUCUAUACAUAAUUCAGAAGGCUGAAGUUAUUUUAUAAGAUCACAAAAUUUAUUGAAAUCCGAUAUUUUCAUCAUACUUCCCCAUUUAUUGUUUAGCUUUAAUAUUCUAAUUACGAGAUAACGAGAUAUCGACGUGUUUCUAAAACUUUUUCGGUUUUAUCAAUUUAUGUUUAUGCAAAGCUUAAAUUUAAAUGUUAAGAAAAGUUUCAUGAAUUUAAAAAAAAAAUAUUCUAAAUGUAGGCAAUAAAAAGUAUUCUUAGGCUUCUCCUAUAAAUAUGCAUUAAACCAAACAAUUUAUAUGCUGAUGAUUUCACAAGUAUCUCAUUACGUCCAGUAUUAGUUUUACGCGAACUUUUCCCAUCCUACACCCGAAGUAUGUACAAUUCUUUUACACCUACCACCGAAGGAUGGGUUAAAUUUAUCUUGUCGUAAUGUUUGCAACAACAAGAAGGAAGCUUUAGAGACCUUUUAAGGUACAUAUAUCCUUGGUCAAGGUAAAAUCUCAAAUCGAUUAAGCCAAAAUUGAUGUAUAGCAAAAUUUUGACGUGGAAAAUAAUUUCACGUCAUACAAUUGAAUACAAAAGGGAUUUGUUGUGCUGUUCAAAACAAGACUUCCUUGCGAGCUCAAAGCAUAAGUCAAAAACCAGCGACCAGACCAUGGUAUAGAUUUCCAUCAUGACUCAGAUUCCUCAAAUUUUAAAGACGACACUCUAACGCGGCUAUUUUUAUUGCAUCGAUCAUCUCCUGCUCUAACUACUUCGAUGGCCGACAUUUCAUGAGUCUUUUUGAUACUUUGUUCCAUUCUUGCAUUUCUAAUGCUAAGAGAAUAUAAAACUUUUCGUUUUUCAAUCAAACAAAAAAUUAUUAUUUAAGACAAAUUUACUUAGUGAACAGUUCCCUAUUUUCUUUUGAUUUACGGUUUUUUCUUUUUAAAAUUGGUUUUAUUCUGUGUAUGAAGUUAGCAAGUGCUAAUUAUUUUAUGAGCCAACAUAAAUAAUUUUUGUUGAUUCUUUCGAAAACUGGAGGAACUCUCUUUAGCCCUUGUACAUAUUUUGUCACCUUUCGUGAUAGUUCGACUGAACCAUACUUCGUCACCAAUGUGCGCUUGCAUUAUACCAUUGCAUGCACUGUUCUAUAAAUUGUGGUCUUCAUUUUCUGCGUUGCCUUAUGCUUGCUAUGCUACCUAUAAAUCAAUAAACAGUUGGAUUAGGUAGCCGGCGUUAUCCUCUGCGAUGAACCAAGUGAUUGCCCCAUAUAAAUGGCAACUGUCGUGAAAGGAUUAAGUACAGCUAUUGUUCUUUUUAAAAAGUUAUUUCACAGGUGCCUCUGAAAUCCCGCAUAAAACCGAACUAAUUUUAUAAUGGAAUAAGACAAGAAUGAAGAGGGAAUAUAUAA